AUGGCAAAAAAAAAAAAACAAAUACAUUUAAAUAUAAUAGAUUUGCAGAAGUUUUAUCAAAAAGAUGAUUUAAUAAUUGAUACAAGUGAAAAAAUUGUAGAUACAAAAAAAAAAAAAAAAUUUAAGAAUGAAAUUGUUGAAAAUAGUGAUUGGAGAACCUUUGAAUCAGAAAAAAAAACUGAUAAGGACAAUAACAGAAAUGAAACUAAUAAAUAUAGAAAUUCAAUGUAUGACAAAAAUAAUACAAACAAGAGUGAAAGUAUUAAUUUAGGGAGAAAUAAAAAUAAAACAAAUUCAUUAGAUGGUGAUGAUAUAGAUUUUUCAAAUAUAAGAAAUAAAAAAAAUAAUGAAGAUGUAGAUUUUUCAAAUUUAAGAAAUAAAAAAAAUAAUGAAGAUGUAGAUUUCUCAAAUUUAAGAAAUAACAAAAAUAAUGAAGAUAUAGAUUUCUCAAAUUUAAGAAACAAAAAAAAUGAAGAUGUAGAUUUUUCAAAUGUAAGAAAGAAAAGAAAUGAUGAAGAUGUAGAUUUCUCAAAUGUAAGAAACAAAAAAAAUGAAGAUAUAGAUUUUUCAAAUCUAAGAAAUAAAAAAAAUAAUGGAGAUGUAGAUUUUUCAAAUGUAAGAACCAAAAAAACUGAAGAUGUAGAUUUCUCAAAUUUAAGAAACAAAAAAAAUAAUGAUGUAGAUUUUUCAAAUUUAAGAAAUAAAAAAAAUAAUGAAGAUGUAGAUUUCUCAAAUUUAAGAAAUAACAAAAAUAAUGAAGAUAUAGAUUUCUCAAAUUUAAGAAACAAAAAAAAUGAAGAUGUAGAUUUUUCAAAUGUAAGAAAGAAAAGAAAUGAUGAAGAUGUAGAUUUCUCAAAUGUAAGAAAUAACAAAAAUAAUGAAGAUAUAGAUUUUUCAAAUCUAAGAAAUAAAAAAAAUAAUGAAGAUGUAGAUUUUUCAAAUGUAAGAACCAAAAAAACUGAAGAUGUAGAUUUCUCAAAUUUAAGAAAUAAAAAAAAAAAUGAAGAUGUAGAUUUUUCAAAUUUAAGAAAUAACAAAAAUAAUGAAGAUAUAGAUUUUUCAAAUUUAAGAAACAAAAAAAAUGAAGAUGUAGAUUUUUCAAAUAUUAGAAAUAAAAGAAAUGAUGAUGAUAUAGAUUUUUCAAAUAUUAGAAACAAAAGAAACGAUAAAGAAAUAGUAAAAGGAGUUGAUGACACAUCAUUUAAUGAUUCAAAAAAAAAAGUAAGUGAAAUAGAAGAAAGUAAAAGAACAAACGAAAAACCACUUUACUUAAGAAAAUUAGAAGAACUAAGAAAAAAAAAAAGACUUGAACAAUCAAAAAAUAACAUAGUAUCAAAUAAUAUAAAUGAAGAAAUAAAAAAAAGUGAUAGAGAGAUAAAAAAGGAAAAAGAAAUCAAAGAAGAAAAAAAAAUUAAAGAAACAGAGGAUAAGGAAGAAAAAAAAAUUAAAGAAACAGAAGAUAAGGAAGAAAAAAAAAUUAAAGAAACAGAGGAUAAAGAAGAAAAAAAAAUUAAAGAAACAGAGGAUAAGGAAGAAAAAAAAAUUAAAGAAACAGAAGAUAAGGAAGAAAAAAAAAUUAAAGAAACAGAGGAUAAAGAAGAAAAAAAAAUUAAAGAAACAGAGGAUAAAGAAGAAAAACAAAUUAAAGAAACAGAGGAUGAAGAAAAAGAAAAUGAAUUAAAAAAAAAAGAGGUAUGUUUAAAUAAUGAAGGAAAAAAAGAGGAAACUGAGAAAAAAAAAUUUAUACCCAGAAGAGUCCUUUUGUAUCAGCAAGAAUUAAAAGAAAAAGAAGAAAGAAAUUUGAAAAUGCUCGAAGAACAAAAAAAAUUAAGAGAGAUGAGAUUACAACUUCUUAAAAGCAAAAAUCAAGGAGCAUCAACAUUUAUUCCAUCAGCAAAAUUAAUGCAUCUUGAAUCAUUAAAAGAAGAUGAUAAAAAAGAAAUCAAAAAUGAUUUAAAGAAUGAUAAUAAAAAAAGCACUAAUAUUGUUAAAAAGAACAAAAAUGAUGAACAAAAAAGUGUAAAAAAUAUCUUUCUAGAAAUAGCCGAAAAAACAGAAAAUGCAAAAAUUAUUGAGAAAACGGACAUUGAAGAAAUCACAAAAAAAAAAAGAGAAGAAAUUUACAAAAAACAAUUAGAAAAAAUUAAAAAAAAAAAUGAAGAAAAUUUAAAAUACAAUAAUACAUAUAAAUAUGAUUUAGACGUUAUUAAAGUCUUUUAUAAUGAAAUUAAGGAUAAAAUAAUUGAAAGUUAUCAAUUUAAUGACGAUGAUUUAGUUAAUAUAUGCUCUACAUUAAAAACAGACAAUUGCAACUAUAUUGAAAGUCACGUCCCUCUUUAUGUGGUUAUGUCAGUUUUUAUUUUAAGUCUUCCUCAAAAAUCUGAAUGCGACAUUUAUUUAAGAAAAGCAAAUAAUUUAAAAAAAUUAUUUCUUUAUUUGAAACAAAACAGUAAAAUUGAAAACCACGAUAAAUAUAUCUUAAAUGAUAUAAUAAAAUUUUGUAACGAAUUGAAAUACCCUCACUUAUCAGAAGAAACCUCAUUAGUUGAAGCUGUUUUUGACUCGUUACUGUUUUCUGGUGUUAUUUCAAAAAACUCAUUUAUCGAAUGGUUUGAUGAAGAUAACUCUGAUUCAGAGUUAAAAAGCAAAGCUAUGUUACAAUUAAUAUACUGGCAUAAAUGGUUAAUAGAAGAAAAUGAAGAAGAGGAUGAAGAAAUAGAUGAGAUAGAAGAAAAUAAAGCCAGUGAUAUAUCCGAUAUAGAAAAAAAUGUACCAAAGAACUUUGUUUUUAAAAAAAUAAAAAAGAAAUUUUUCUAA